GUCAACAGGACCAUGGCUGUAUCAAGUGGCAGAGAGACUUUACCGGGGAACCUGUGGGAACAAAUAUGUCAAGAAUACGAACAAGAACAGCCCCCUUUACCACGAGGAGUUAGGCCUGAAACUAAGACGAUCAUGUCUAUUGAAGACCAUGAAUAUUUAAAUAAAGAAUUUGAUAAAUGUACAAUUGAUUCGUCACAACACCCUGACUUAAAGACAUGUUCUCCAAGAAUUUUUUUGGAACAUUACAUAUUUCCAGUUUUACUGCCGGGACUGGCAGAAAUGCUACAUGAAGCAAAAAAAGAAAAAUGUUUUCAAAGAAAAAGAACAAAAUUCAUGCCUUGUGACUUCCUCACUCAGUGGCUUUACAACCAGAAUCCAAAUAAGAAAGAUCACCAGUUCACCGGUUUCUUUGAAAUUCCUUUUGUCCAAGAAUGGUUGAAAGAUCAUCCAAGGAAGCCCAUUCCCCUGUCAUUACUGCUGUCUGAGGAAGAGGCAACUUUAAUUAUACAGUCGUUCUGGAGAGGAUAUCGGGUACGCUGUGAUCCUGAAGUCCAAGAAUUACGCCAAUGGCAAAAAGAAUUACGGGAGGAAAAAAACAUAAAUAAGAAAGUCCAAGAGUUCUGGGCCAAACAGGAAUCGAAAGUGGAAAAAGAAUUGAAAGACCAAGAGAAAAGAGCAUCUACACCGAACAGCACUGACGUUUCAAUUAGAGUAUUCUCCCCGACCCCUCAGAAUACAGCGAUUUUAUCUUAGACAUGAACUGAAACAAGGAUCA